AGUUUAAUAGAGCUUUCUAGACAAUAUCAGCAUGAGGAAGAACCGUGCACAGCAUGGAGCCUGGUUUGAUUAUCCAUUCAGAACUUAAAAUCAAGAAUGUGGCCCUGAAAUGUUAAAGUCCAGAUAAAAACGCGGCUACAUUUUCACUGCAUGUUGUGUUUAUUUGAGCGGCGUUCUGAGCCACAAUUAACGUCCCCAGCGGAAAGCAGAAGUUGGUGAUUGGAAAAGCGAACAGCACCGGAAACAGCCACUUCUCUUAUCACCCGUCUCAAUUACGAGCCGCGUCGGUGUCGAGCGGCCGCAGGGAGCAUGGAGAUGCAUGAAGAGGAGGUGAGCUACGCCUCGGUCGUCUUCAGAACCAACAACGCCGCCGCCGCCGCCGCUGUGAAGAACGAGGAACAAUGCGUCUAUGAUGAAGUGAAGGUGCCAAACCGAACCAAAACGCCGGAGCCUGAUGGUCACGAGAAAAACCAGCGACACAAAUUUCAGACUCUGGCUUGCUGUUUCGGGAACCUUUGCCUCGUUCUACUGCUGGUCGUCGUCGGGAUCAUUGUGUACGUUUCUUCGCUCAGAGAGCAAAAUGACAGAAUGCGAGCAAACCAAGCGAGUCUCCAGGCUGUCAAUCAGAACCUGACAAAGCAGCAGAACAGCCUCGGUUCAGACAAUGAGAGCUUGAGGAGGGACAACAGCAAUCUGACGGUCCUGAAUGACAACCUGACUCAAGCCUCUGCUGUCUUAGAGCGCAAUAUCAGCCAGCUGACUGCAGAGAAGGAAGGCCUGAUGGGAAAACUGGAGCAGCUGAGAACAGAAAACCAGGACCUGGAGGCCGAGAAGAAAAACCUCACAGAAAAACUACAAGAGGUGGAGAAAGUGUCGAAUGAAGUGAACAUCAGCAGAGCUCAGUGGAGCCUUGAUCAGUACUGUUAUGGAAGAGGAAGAUCUUGUAAUCCUUGUCAGGAUGGCUGGAGACACCAUCAGUCCCAGUGCUACGCAGUUAUUGAUCAUAAGGAAGUGGAAAAACAUAGAACCUGGGAAGAAGCUCGAGAAGACUGCAGAGGGAAGAUUUCAGAUCUGGUGGUGAUAAAUAACAAUGAAGAAAAGAGGAAGGUCAGUAAUCUCAGCUGGAACAGUGGGACAGGCAGUGGAUACUGGAUUGGCCUGAGGGUCUUGAACGGGACUUGGAAGUGGGUCGACGGGACUGAACUGACUGACCGUUCCUGGAAUGAAGAUCCUGUCGAAGGUCGAUGUGUUAUUUCUGUUCAAUGGCAAAGAUGGGAAUCAGUGAGCUGUGACCAGACGAUGCGAUGGAUCUGUGAAAAGAAGAGUUUAACUGUUUAAACUCUGUGGUCUGAGUCCAGAAAUCACAAACUUACAUGUUGAAGAAUCAAAUAUAAUAACUAUUAUUUCACUCAUUUCCCUUCCUUUACUGCGAUUAAAGUUUUAUUCUGUUUAUGUGCAUGUUUCAGAAAUGUCUAUAAUGACCUGAGAAGCUGCCUGUUUGUCCACCAGGGGGCGCUGAAGCCUUCUUAAACAGUAGAGGUUGUUUCUCAUCCAGACAUCAAGUUAUUUACCUCUCCUGCUGCUGAACAUCCUUUAGAUCUGAAAUCUGAUUUUAUGAGCUGUAUAGUUCAGUGAGAUGAAGGUUUCCUGUUGAUGACUCUGUGCUUCAGAUAAUA